AUGGAUGUUUCUUCCACUUCUGAUGAUGAAAUAACCCUCUUGCGCACUUGGGCCCUGACUGUCACUCAUGUGGCAUGUGAUUAUACGGAACAGAAAUUCAAUGCAGAGAAGACAGGAGGAGACCCAGUUAUACCUUCUCCAAACCUAGACACUGAUCUGGUGAUGGCUUGUGAUCAAUUGGUUGAUCGGCUCAUAAAGGCAUAUAAAAAUCCCAUUCAGAUGCCGAUUGAUAUUGCAAGAUAUAGCAAAUUGAUCUCCCCAAAGGACAUGGGGCGUAAUGAAGAGAGAGAGGAAAAGUUGCUCAAGAGGUGUCCUCCUGGCCAUGAGGGCACAAAGUUGAUCGACAUACCCGCGACAAUUCUUGAUGCAUCCGGUGCCAUCAUCGCAUGGUACCUCCCAGACGCCUUGACCGAUGCCACCCAGAAUGAAAUUUGGGCGGCCUCGGAUUUGCUAGCUCCCAUGCUCGAACAAAGCAUAAAGCUCGAUGGGAUUUGGCGGACUAAUCAACAGUGGUUCACACCAAGCUCGGAAAAUGAUGUCCUAACUCCCGGAUGCGUUAAUUUAUCUCCGGCAUGGUUUCAGCAGGGGCACGAGCCAUUGCAAGGCCAGCAGCCAUUGCCCACAGCGGCACUCAGGGUGAUGCAUCCUGAGCAGUACUGGGCAGGGUUGCAAGCCUUUGUGAGCCUCGGAGAAAAGGCACGAAGCAAGGAACUGCCGAAGAUGUCAGAGACUCUCCAGUACUGGGCAACGGUGUUUAACAGCCUCACCGUCAUAUGCAAUCGGGAAACCCCGAAUCAUCGAGACCCCUCAUCAAUUUCUGAAUGCUUCGAUAUUCUCACUAGCAUGGGGAAUUAUUCUAAUGCUCGGAUGAGUAUGCCAAGCCUGCAGCUGGAGUUAAGUGGAAGGGGAUCGGAUUGCCUGGGCAUGGUAUAUGAGGGAUGCUGUUCAUGUUUAUGCUGGGAUUCCGUCGUGUGGAUGGGCAAGGUUGGAUUGGAAGAAGUAGAAAGUGAUGUUGUACACAUUUCACCGACUACUGAGUACCGGGUUUCGGGUUUUGGUACACGGUACCCGGUACUUGAUAGUUGGGACUCGAUAUUCGAUUUCACCGACUACCGAGUACCGGGUUUCGGGUUUUGGUACACGGUACCCGGUACUUGA